AUGGUGGAAACGAGACGCUUCUGGUGGAUUUCUCAAAAGGAGAAAAGCCAAUCGAGCCCUCAUCGUGGACGUUCUCAUCGUAUCAAUCGGGUUGAGGAGACGGCGCCGAUCUCAUUUCCAGACUUGACUUCUGCUGGAAAUUGUCAUGCAGAGUGUAAUGGAGGUUGCACUGAAUCGAACUCGGCAACAUCGUGUUUCGCAUGUAAACAUCUGACUCAAACACUCCGAAACAAGGGUGGAAGUGGAUUCAAAUGUGUUCAGAAAUGUGAUGAUACGUACUAUUUGGAUGGGGACAAGUGCAAAAUGUGCUCAUCGCACUGUCAUACUUGUACCAAAUCCGAGGUCUGCGAAACGUGCCCAGGAAGUCUUCUCCUCAUCGAUGUCGACAAUAUGCCUCACUACGAUCAUGGAAAGUGUGUAGAGUCGUGUCCGCCCGGUCUCGUUGCUGAUUACGAAUCAAAUCUUGUCCAAGCGAAAUGCAUCUGGCGAAAAGACCUCUGUGGCGAUGGAUAUUAUAUCAACGCGAUCGGAAAAUGCGACUUGUGUGAUUCGGCGUGUGAAACGUGCACCGCCCCCGGACCGAUGAGUUGUGAAAAGUGUGCGACUGGAUAUGGAAAAGGGUCUAUUGGUUACUGUAGACCGUGUUGUACUCCAGGAACCGGAAAGAGCUGGCAGUGUGAAGACUGCUCCAAACCGGAUCCAUCUCUAGAGACAUCUAAAUCAUCCACCGGAUACGGAUGGAUGUUCUGGAUUUCUGUUUUAUCGAUUGCGGCUUGCGGAUUCUGUGCUUGUAGGAAGUGUGCCAAUGAAGUGAAGGGAUCGAGUGUCGAAUACGCGCCACUUUCCCACUACAAUGCCACCAAUGGCGCUGUGAAUUUAGGUGUGAAUUCUGAUGACGACGACGAUGAAGAGGAAGACGAUGUGUUUGUGAAUGUUCCAACUUCUCAAGCUGUCUAG